AACCUGAGUUGGACCGGAUAUCGGAUGUAGUUUAUUUGCAGAAAACCUAAACUUCAUGUGGCCGCAGACCUCGGAAAGCUGCAAACUGCAAAGACGGGCGGCGUAGCAUGGGUCUGUUCGAAAGUUUCGCUUCUUCCUGCAGUCCGAUGACUGUCAGAAGUUUUUCCUUGCGUUUGUUUCGGCUGCUUUCCGGCAGUCUUCUAUUCUUAGCCACAACUUCCGGCCGAUGCAAGACGGAAUCAAAAGAACUUCUCCAAGAACCGGUUCUAAAUUAUCCAGGGCUUUAUCGAAUACAUGAAAUUGUUUACCUAUACGUAACUUUUCUUUCUGGACAUCCAGAAUUGACUUUGCAAAAGUUAUACUCAGUUUCUCCCUUCCCUGUUCAUCCAUCCCAUAAGCUCAGUUUGUGGAUCGCAAGAGUCGUCGGAGCAAAGAACACUCCUCUACCGAGCCUCGUGAUAUCCGACUAAGCCAUUAGCUGAUUCCUGAAAUCUUGGUAUCUACGGCUACUAUCCAUAGUUUGAUUACCAGCACUGCCUUCCAUUGUCAUAGUUCUGAAUUGUAACGUUUGGUCAACGCAAAAGUAGUUCAAUACGAAGUUGAGCUUGUAAAAUUGAACCCUGUGAAUUUUGAAAAUUUGUCCAUCAUUUUCAUUUUGAAUACAACUAAUCCUACUUUCAAUUCCGUUUUCUGAUUCCUUUUCGUUAUCUACUUGCUACUUGUCUAUACUAAGUAUGAGACCCAGCUAUAUCCUCACAACCCUUCAGAUAGCCCUGCUUGCUUGGGCUUGGUCGCCCACCGAUUCGUAUGCGCCCGGAAAAAUCGACUGUCCCUCGGAUGUCCUGCUCGUAAGAGCAGCCGAUGGACUUUCACCCCAGGAAAGCGAUUGGAUCAAGGGCCGUAACGAAGUCACAGAUGCUAACUUGAUUUCGUUCUUGCAGCAUGCCAACAUGACUGACUUUGAUGCCGAGGACUUCAUCCGUAACACUGUAAAUGAGUCCAUCACAAUCGGUCUUGCCUUUUCCGGGGGUGGCUACCGUGCCAUGCUCUGUGGAGCGGGUCAGUUGGCUGCUUUGGACAACAGAACUAACGGAGCCUACGAGAAUGGUCUAGGGGGCCUUUUGCAGGCCAGCACCUAUCUCGUAGGUCUUUCUGGUGGUAACUGGAUGGUGGGGACCAUAGCCAUGAAUAACUUCACAGAUGUAGACACUAUUUUGCGCGAGGGUGUGAUUUGGGACUUGACCCAUUCGAUUCUCAAUGUAGGCGGUCUUAAAGUCUGGCAAACAAUUGAGUACUAUACUGAUAUAAACGAUGACUUGGACGAUAAAAGAGACGCAGGCUUUGAUGUGUCGCUUACCGAUACAUGGGGUAGAGGGCUUUCACACCAAUUCUUUGCUAAAUUGAACGAUACUGGAGCUUCUUUGACCUGGUCGACUUUGCGCGAUGCUGAUGUCUUCAAGAACCAUGAGAUGCCUUUUCCUAUUGUAGUGGCAGACGGUAGAACUCCUGGUAGUUUCAUCAUCAGUGGAAACUCGACUAUUUUUGAAGUUAAUCCAUUUGAAUUGGGGACUUGGGAUCCUUCUUUGUACCAAUUCACUGACGUCAAGUACUUGGGAACGAAAGUCAAAGACGGUAAACCAGUCAACGAUACGUGUAUUGGAGGAUUCGACAACGCUGGUUUCAUUAUGGGAACCUCAUCAUCGUUGUUCAACCAGUUUAUUCUUCAGAUUAACACUACCGAUUUGUCAUCGGCAAUCAAGUCUAUUAUUUCAUCGAUUUUGAGUAAAGUUUCUAAAGACGAAGAUGAUAUUGCCAUCUACAAACCUAACCCUUUCGAGGGUACGGAUGAUGGAACUGUGAGUUCCAUCUCAGAUAACUCUACUCUCUAUCUUUGUGAUGGUGGUGAAGAUUUGCAAAAUGUCCCAUUGGCACCUUUGCUCCAACCUGAUCGUAAUGUAGAUGUUAUUUUCGCCUACGACAACUCAGCUGAUACUUUGGAAUUUUGGCCAGAUGGUGCCUCUAUCAUUGCUACUUACCAGAGACAAUUUUUGCCUCAAGGUAACGGUACGCUUUUCCCAUAUGUUCCAGACAACAAGUCGAUGAUUAACUUGAACUUGACAGCAAGACCAACUUUCUUUGGCUGUGAUGUUCGUAACUUGACAUCUCUCUUGAACCUGAGUGACAUUUUUGACACUCCUUUGGUAGUAUAUACAGCUAACAGACCUUUCUCGUACUGGUCAAAUACUUCGACUUUCCAGAUGAGUUAUGAAGAGCACGAAAAAAUUGGCAUGAUCAAAAACGGGUUCGAAGUAGCUUCAAGAUACAACAACACCAUUGACACUGAGUGGCCAGCAUGUGUUGGGUGUGCUAUUAUCAGAAGAAGUCAAGAACGUUUGGGUAUAGAACAGUCUGAGCAAUGUAAGCAAUGUUUUGAGAGAUACUGCUGGAAUGGAGAUAUUGAUACCAAAGAGCCUGGCUUCAAUUUCACCACUAAUGGUACUACAUCUGGUGCUGAAGAAGAUGAUGGCAGAGUUAUUAAUGCUGGUUUGUCUACGAUUUUGAGAGGUGCCGAUAAGGUAGCCAUGAUGAAGUCAAUUGGUUAUGCCAUGUUGGCCACUAUUGUGUUUGCUGUUUCAGUCUAAUAUCGCCCAAUAAAAGGUCAACGAUUGCUAAUUCAUGAUUGCAGGAGCAAUUCCCAGUAGCUAAUAUUUGCUAUAUUUAUUUAGUAUUCUAUUAUUAUAUACUAUAGUGC